AUGAGCCCAUUUGAAUUGCAAUGAAGCUCUGCUGACGGCCAGGAGGAGGUGGAAACAAGUGUAAAUGACAAGAGAGGUGGAAAAGAGUCGCACGAGGAAAACAAGCAGGAAAAAAAGCUGGAUGACAUUCACACAGUGUUUAGGUAGACAUGCCUCCAUGUGUGAUGGACCUAUGUCAGCAAAUAAUGAGGAGGGUAGACGGGCACACGGGAGCUGGGACAGCCCUGAAGGGACAUCUGAACUCCUCCUUCAGAGAGUAGCAUCUCAUGGGAGAUGAAGUCAGUGGAACACCGGACAACAACCUGCUGUCGCUCCUCCUCUGCUCGCAACCGGCUCACAUCCCCCUUCUCUUCCUCAUACUCCUCCUCCAUCCUCCCUCCGUCUCUCAUUUGAUCCCAUCCCUCACUCCCUGCACCACGGAUGGAAAGCAUGCGCUGAGUGAAGUGAUUUUUCAGAGUUUGUGCGAUACAGACAACAAAGCAACAAGAACAGAAGUCGAAGAGUGACAGGGGGACAGAAGGAUGUUGCUGUGCUGGUGUCUCAGUGCAGCUUUGGCACUGCUUUGUUGGCCUUUAUUACCUAAGGUGAACUCAGCUCUGGCACCUGAUAAUGAGGUGCCGCUUCGCCCGACAGCAUGGCUACCAGAGGGAAAGAUCACAACCGUAACUCUUUCUAAAGGAAAAACACGCAGGUUAUACUUCACGCUGAAGAAGGCCUCAGGAAUGUCAGUGACGGUCAGUCCCUGUGACGUCCCCAUUGAAUGGAGCUUAUCCAGCCGCACGCUGAAGGACAAACCCUUUAAAAGCCUGCACUGGAGCACCAAAAAAAGCAAGCCAGAGGUGUGGUGGCGAGGUCCUGGAACUGAGGAGAAGCUACACAGUUUUACCGGCAAAGCAGUGGACACCUACAGUGGUCCUUCCCACCCCAGCGCUUCCCUCUACAUCCUGAGGCUGCGUUGUAAACAGCAAAACACUCGAACUGCCGUGUAUUUCCACAAAGGCAUGGGACCCUCAGGCAUGUUUCCACUACUCCCAGCUGACUCCCGGUUGCACACACUGGGUGUGGGCAUGACCAGCGUCACUCUCAGCUGGGCACCCAGCGCCUCCAUCACCAGCCUCGCCCAUGUUGACCAUGACUAUAACUACUGUGUCCUUGUCAACUUGGACCAGAACUACCCCAGUCUCUGCGCUGCACAAAUAAGCAUAAGGAAAGAACAAGAGGAAAAAGAGGAGAAAAUGGAGAGAGGAAGGAGAGUGACUGUGUGGCCGAUUUUGAAGGAAUGGUGGUGGCAGCAGUGGGACACUUAUGCUGAAGUUCAGAGUUCAAUAUCCGACCCCGGCGAUGAGUACGCUGAUCUGCAGUGCGUAUGUCAAGGGACCGAAACCGUAUGCACGGUCUCUGAGCUCCUUCCUGACACCCCAUAUUACUUUGACGUGUUCGUGAUUGACCGAGUGAACGGGACCAGCGCCGCGUACAAAGGGACAUCUGCUCAGACGCACGGGGAGGCUCGACCUCCAAUUACCCCACUAAAAGACGGAGAGCUGAGGUGGGUGACCUUUAGAGACAGAGGCUCCAACUCUCAGUACUUCAGUUUCCGCCCUCGGGGUUGGCAACAGAGCGGCCUCCUCACCUUACAGAGCUGCGAUAAAAAUGUGAAGAUCAUGGUGUCUGUGUCAAUUAAAGGGAAAGUUUUGACCUCCCAGGGUGUGGGAGUUGAUUUGGUGCACAUUUGGUUGCAGGGGAGUCCGUCAUAUCUCAUCCACUUGGAACAAGACAGACCUUUGGCAAGUCAGACCCCCUCCGUUACAGAACAAGACUUGUUAAAUGGAUUAAUGGCUUCAGUUAAAUUGCAGGUUUCAUCCGCCCACCACCGCAGAGGAGUCCCAUCUCUGCCUUCCACCUUGCAGAUAAAGUCCUUUAACCGGUUGCGUGGCUGUAACAGCGUUACCAUUGCUUGGAUGGGUACGGAGGAGAGAAGUCUGUACUGUGUGUAUCGCAGAAAGGUUGGCAACGGUGAGGCGAAGACUGUCGACGUUUUAUCCUUUCCAGCACCCUGUCUGGGGCCCGAGUCCCGCUCUGACACUGAAAGAGUUCUCUGCAAGUAUUUCCAAGAGCUGAAUCCCCGAAGGGCUGUCACUACCGCUGUGAUUGGGGGCCUGGAGCCAGGCACAGCCUACGUGUUUGAUGUCUAUCUAAUGAGACGCUGGGGGAUCCCUAUCAAGUAUACAAGUAAGAUGGUGAAGACCAGAAACGAAUGUUAAGCUGCCGCCCCCUGGAGGAGGCUUUUAAACUGUCCCAAUUCAAGGGGAAAAAAGCAUCAGCCAUGGAUGUGCUGGACCAAAUGUUCAAAGCCAUUUGAUUGUUGUGGAAAGCCUGUAGCAUAACAAGGAGAUGGAGGAGCUACAUUCAAACUCCACUUACAAUUUCAGUACAAGUGGUGUGGAAAGCUUUUUUGAUAAGGAUCUGCACACCAGCAAAUUUUCAUUACAUUAACAAUACAGCUGUGGUGUGCUCGUCAUUUAGUUCCUCAUCGUCGAUCAUGAUAAUAACGUGCCAUUUGUCUAAGUGCUUAUUCAAAGUACACCACAAAGGACCAGAAAGCUUGUGAUGACAGAAAGUCAGCGGAAAGAGAAAAAACAAGACUGUGCCAAAUAUGCAAUAGAAGCAGAUGGGGCAAUAGUUAAAUAACAUCUGAGUCAGAGGACUUGCUGUGUGUGUCUCUUGUGUUGCAUAUUGUACAGAUUUAGAUGGGAGCAAGCUAAGAAAGUUCAAAAUCAGUGUGAAUCUUUGUGUUUUUGCUUUCGCAUGAAGCAGUGAGAAAUACUUUGUAAAUUGUCUUUGAUGUUUUCUUGUGCUGCUGCGAAAUCACUAAUAAAUGCUUGGGUAUCUGUACACUCUUAA